CGAACUCCAGUCAACCGUUGGCCGCCGUUCAGUUCAGUUCCCAUUCAGUUGUGGUUCCGACUUCCGCGAAGCUUCCGUUCCGUGAAACAGGUUGUUAGUCGAACGAAACAGUUGCCGCACAUACACAUAUCGUUUCCGGAGAAAAACCUCCGCCUCACGCAAGCUGCAGAGUGUGUUUUGACUUUUCCGAGGAAAAGUCUGGGCUCGGGUAGGGAAAAACGCCAUUCAUAUCACGUCCGGUUUGGCAACACAACACCGCCCAAAGGCCCCUAGUUUCUUUGGCGCUUUUGUGUGUAAAUGACCAUAUCGGUCCCUGACGUUGGUCGUCACUUGUAAUUGACCAACAUCCGGUCCCAUUUCUGGGAAAAGUUCGUUGUCAAACACAAACAGCCGUUUUGCCGUUUUGGCUGCUAGGAGUCGGUCUCGUGGGAGGUUUCGAGAAGAGUAAAGGACUUAGCAGCUUCAGGUCCAGAAAGAAGAUCGCCGCCUAAAUCAAUAACAUAAUUUGAGUCUCAGAAUUGAAUGACGCGUCCGGCCAGGGUCGUGAAUGGAUGUGAAGUUGCGUUAGCGUCGUCGUAGUCGAGUGAGUCGAGUGAAGAUUAAUCCAAUUGUAGGGCCACUUAAGGAAUUACUCCCCUGGAAGUUCCGUAUCACCGUCAUCAGUGAAGUGAAGAGUGACGUGAAGAUAUGUUUAUUGCGAAGAUGAGUUCAACGAUGCUCUUGGGAUUAACCGUCGCAGUGUCGAUCGUUAUGCUGCUGCAGCAAUGUGGCCAAGUGGCCGCCAACGACAGUCAGAACAUCAACCGGCUGCUCAACAAUCAGGUCAUCGUCAGCCGGCAGAUUAUGUGCGUCCUGGAGAAAAGUCCGUGCGAUCAGCUGGGCCGGCAAUUGAAAGCUGCCCUACCUGAGGUGAUACAGCGGAACUGUCGAAAUUGUUCGCCCCAGCAAGCCCAGAACGCCCAGAAGCUGACCAACUUCCUGCAGACGCGCUACCCGGAAGUGUGGGCCAUGUUGAUACGCAAAUACGGGGCCGUCUAGAGGAUUCCGUCAUCUCUGGUCAAAUCGCUUCGUUAUUCUAGGUUUCGAAAUCGUUCCCUUUCGUUCAGUUUGCUUAUCGCUAUCAAAGCAGUGUUGUGUUCUUUAACUAAAACUGAAUGUGCUGUUGAACAAAAAACCCAAAUAGGAUGUAAGCUUUUCGAAUAGUUUUAAUUAGUUAGUUUUUUUUUUCCUUCCGAAACUCAGUUUGAGGCCUAGCGCCUGUGGAUAGGCAAAUGUGAUAAACUUUUGUUGAGCAGCGCGCUUCCGUGGGUAGAAAUAAUCCGAAAAUGAAACAAAUGUAUCAAAUCAAAUCCUAACGAAGAAAAAACCAAAAGUGGGUUAAUCCAUAUCAAACCAACCAAUUGAUAUCAGAAUGAAGAAUUGUUGAAAAAAAGUUUGUUAUGGAAGAAGAAAUCUAUGGGUUUAGAUUUUCAUAAAAAGGUUUUAUUUAAGUACACAUUUCACUAUACCAAAAUAAGAACGAAAAUACAAUACAACUCAAACGAAUUACAGUAAGGAAGAUUAAUUCAAAAGUGUGUUCUAUUCUAUAAGAGAAAUUCCCUUUCCAGCCUCUAAGACCUGUUCAUUUCUUCAAAAUAAAAUGUAAGCAAUCAAUUUAUUAUUUUCGGAAAAAAAUCCAAUCAUUUUCAUCGAAGAUUUUCCAGGAAUCAUUUUCCCCUGAAUGUAGCCACACGACGAGUUCUCUCCAAACUGACCUUCAGAUUCAUGAAUCUUGCUGCCGGUGUCUGCUGAUGUGGUCGGUCAGGACAACUCACUCAAGCUCGGGCAAAUGAAGAUAAUUUAUUUUGCGUCGUUUUUUUCGCUUCUUCCGCCUUUCCACCGAUAGAUUAUGUUUUGCUCAUUUUCCAAUAUUGUUGUGGUUUUUUCUAUGAAUUUAUCUCUGUAACGGCUUUUUUUUUGCUUAUGGUCCACAGAAAAAAAUAGAGAACUGCCAAUCCUCUUUUCGUGAACCGAUCAAUGAAUGUCGAAAAUAAAGCGAUGAGAGGCAGAAAUGAACGUCGAACUUUUGUUAGUGGACUCUCCUGUUGACGGAGGAAGAACAUCUUCUUGUUCCCUUGAAGGAAAGCUCAUUUUCUGCUUCAGUUCGUUCCAAAACCGAAACGCGUUUUUCGGUUUUUAUUUCUGAGCAUGUUUGGAACUGUGAUGAUACGACAAUUUAUGGGUGUUCAAGUGAAAUUGCAUUAUAGGAAGGUUCUGGUUGAAGAAAGCCUAAGAAUAAUUGACAUUACUCUGUCUUUUUGUAGACUUCCAAUGAUAUUAAGAAUCCUUAGGAAAAGUUCAAAGCUAUAAGAUUAAAAAAACACCAAAAGUCACCAAAAUAAAUAAAAAAUUGAAUAAAAAUGACACCAAAAAGGCACGAAAUGGGGCAAAAAUCGACCAGAAAUGAAAAAAACGGUACCAGAACAAAAAUGGAAAAAACGGUACAAAAUUGUUCCAUUUUUGUUCUAAUUAACAUACAGGUUUGUUCCAUUUUUGUUUCAAUUUUGUUGUUGUGUUUUGGAACGAAAAAGAAAAAACCAUUUAUUAUAUCGGAAGCAAAAAUAAAGAAAAUUUCCACCACAUAAAUCAAAAGACACUCAGAAAAUACUAUUUUUUUCAAAGAUUUCUGUUUGGAGGCUAGGUUGGGUCUUUAUUUCAUUCGGUGAACAUUCGCGGGUUUUGUUCUUAAUUCCAGCUUAGUGAUAACAUGAAGCAGGAGCACGUUCCCAGCACCGACAUAAAAAUUGACAAUAAUGAUGGAAAAGACAAAAUUGACAAAAAAAACUGAUAACAUGGAAAAAACAUGGAAAAAAAUGACAAAUAAU